AUUACGGCCUUCACUUAAACAAAAAAAAAUCACAUUUUAAGUGGGUUAGCUGGUUUAACUAAUAUCAUGUGCAUAUACCGGUAGCUGACAACUGUCUUCAAAAAGAAUAUCAUGAUCAAUACCCUCACAAUUAAAGUGGCCUAAUUUGCAGUCCAGUGCUCUAUCAUCUGAACUAGCCAUCCAUGUCCGGAAAUUAUUUCGUAUAUAUAACGUAGUCAAACGGCACGACGACGACACCAACAACAGCAUCUACAAGGUUCUUGUGAAUUUCAGCGGUUGAGUGUUACACGUGCCCCACCUUAGUGAGGAGCUUGUCAGAAUGCAUGGCAACGACCACGUGUCAAGUAAGUGAGACCUGUUACGCGAUAGAAGUCUUUGAUUUCGACACCUCUCACGGUUUCCGGGCCGGAUGCAUGCCAAAAAAUCUCUGCAUUCCUCACAAUAACGAACAGAUAUUUGGUCGAAGUUCGAGCACGGUUCAAAUUAACUGUUGUGAUACGGACCGCUGCCGGCAACAACAACCAUUACAACCACCACCACGACAACCACUCGUCCAACUACCAGGUCUACCACUCGUCGCAGGUCCCAGACACAAUGCUGGGACUACAGGGACUGUUGUGAUCACCAUGCGUGUUAUUACUACUCCCACGAUUGUGACAGAACAUGCGGAAAUUGCCAUUAAUUAAUAAAUACAGAA